AUGCCUCCGCUUGGCCUGCCGCCUGUUACUCCUGAACUCAAGGCGAUAUCUCCUUUCCUCCAACGAGCAGAUGAACUUGUUCGGAAGGAACCUGUGAUCUCCUACUGGUGUGCGUAUUGCGCAGCUCAGAUAGGCAUCUCACUGAAGGCGAAAGACAACGCGUCUCGCAACUUACUCUUCGAACUCCUGGGUGCGCUUGAAAAGCUCAAAGCAGAUAUAGGACCCAAUGACGCUGUUGACGUCGAGGCGGCGAGCAUCGCAUACGUCGAGAACUUUGCCCUUAAGGUCUUCCGCAUGGCUGAUGAUGAAGACCGAGAUGGCACGGCAACGCGAUCAACAGCCAAGAAGUUUCUGGCUGCUGCAAACUUCUUCGAGCUUCUCAAGGUGUUCCCAAAGGCUGACCAAUCUGAAGCAGUCGAAGGAAAGAUCAAGUAUGCCAAGUGGAAGGCUGCAGACAUCGCAAAAGCGUUCAGGGAGGGUCGUAAACCAGCCCCUGGUCCUCCUGGAUCUCGAACCGACCCUAUCGUAACAUUUCCACCUGCUGAGUGGCCCGAAGUCGACGUGAUCGUAGCAUCCAUGCCGACAGAUCCUUCCGCUGCUUCCCCGCGUACCCCUCCCCGCACUUCUCCCGGAGUCUCACCGAAGCGAAUCACACCCCCGCCUCAGAUGACUCCAGGUGAUAUCACCAAGGCCAAUCAGCCCCACAUACCUCCCUCGCUACACCCGAUGGCCCCCAGCACGGGAGACGAUGCGGCAAUUAGCCCUGGGCGGUGGAGCACUGCCGCCACGCCUGGAUACGAUGGUGCUCAGCCUCCGCAGCUGGGAGCACCGACAAACGAGAUCGAUAUGCCAAGCAAUGGCACUCGCCAGAAACCUAGCAGCCAUAAAGCCCGUAUCAGCUGGGAGAUGGAAGGUACAGACGCGGGAACCAGCGGGUCGCCUCGUGAGGGACGCUAUUCCCCUACUGCUGGUAUAGCACCCAACGGACACGUCGCGAAUGUCCCAGCGUUCUCCAGCCUGAACGAUCGCCCUGACGUGGUGGUCCCUACGGCUCCUCCGCUACCUUUGGCGUCCCCCUCCACUUCAACGUCCUCUCCCAAGAAGUCGCCCUCAGUACGGGGCGGUUUGCCAGAAGGCCCGCCUUUGCCACCUCCAUCUGCUCCUUCCCCACCAUCACCUCGUCAGUCCCUCCGGCGACCGGAUAAUAUGCAUCCAAGUCCGCCUCAGACCUCAUUACCAGAAGUUGAGUCUCCGGUGGGAUUUUCCCUUACACCGGCGAUCAUCGCGAAGGCUCAGAAGCAUUGUCGUUUUGCUAUAUCGUCUCUCGACUAUGAAGAUGCUGAACAGGCUCGACGAGAACUGCGUGCUGCUCUUGCCGCCUUAGGUGGUUAGAAGCAGUAAGAAUUGCUUGUCCCGCAUUGUCAUUACAUGUACUCACCACAGGGACGUAGCCAUUUCUCUUUCAUUUGGGAUUUUCUAUGUAUCAUUAUUAGGGGAGAUGGGCCACUACAUCGCUACUUACUGUUAUGCACUACUUGCCGACGACAAGCCGUAACGAAUACUAAUCGAUAUCAACCGCAACCAUUUCCAAUCUAAAAUAUGAGCAUGCAUGAUUACGCUAAUGCUCGGUACGCAUACUCAGAGGGCUGUCAACUAAUUUCGGAGUAACAUCUGUGCCUAUAAGACCUUCCCUCCUUUCGGACACAAAAUGUGAUACAUUGCCUGCUGGAGCAAGGUUUGUCGACAGUGAUAAGGCCGGUAAUGGGUCAACGAUGUUGUGUUCACGGCGCGCUAGAGGAGGUGAGGGGAGAACGGAGGUUUCGGAUGAUACAGUAUUCGAACGCGAAGACAGGCCGAUAGUAGGCGUAGGGAGCGCAUGGAAGCUAUUGAGAGCCAGUGAGAGAUCAUCCAACUUCCCCAUGAUGGCGUCGAUUGCGUGCUUGCGUUCGGUAAAUCGUUCUGAAAGCUUCGCAAACUCCUCCUCUCGCGCCCUCUUUCCGCCACUGCCGUUGGAAUCAUCGUCAGGAUCAACAGCAGCGUUGUCUUCGUCUUCGUCCUCGCCGUCAUCGUCAUCCUCAGUCAUGGGCCUGGGCUGGUGAGUCUCUUUCGUGCCGCGACGUUUAUUCGUACUACGAUCCUGCAUGCUCGCACCAUUCUUCUGUCCUGCACGCAGACCUACACCUUCGAGGUCGACGUGCAUGCCAGCGAUCUCGCUUUGAAGCUCGAGAAUGUGAGACAGUUGCGACCACAGUUCAUCGCCAGGACCGGGACGUUGGUUAAUUGCUGGAUCAUGAGCAUUGUUGGUACAGCCCGGAAGCAAAGAGUCGGUGUAUAGAGAUGUGUCAACCAUGCUGGGAUUGCCAUCACCCGGCGCAAGCCCUGGAGGCACGUCUUUAGGCGUACCCGGGGAAGUUGGCCGAUAUAAACCACUAAGUAGAGCGUCAUGAGGGGUAUAUGGCUUUGACGGAUGAGAAGGAGUGGCAUCGGCGAGAGGUUCAUUCUUGUCCACGCCGGCAAUGUCACACCUUUGUCCAACGAGAGGUCGAACUGCUGACUUCGCAAUAUUGUAUGUUGCAUCCAUGGCCACGAGCGAUGCGA